AUGGCAUCCCACUCGGUUCAUUCCCCGGCGGCGGACGAAGAACGUAGCUGGGCAGGCGAUUUCGAUCCUUUUUCAGAUCCGGAAGAACGGAGGGUCUUGUUUGCAGCAUUCGACUCUUUCAGACAAUAUCGAAGAACCGCCCACUUCAACACCACCCAUCGCCGCCGAAAGGCAUUUUAUGCUCUGCCCUCCGCCCACUGGCAGAUGCUGGCUGAACCACCAUUCUCCGUGCUGGACAGCUUCAACAAAGUCGACGAUGCCAUCGACACGAACGCGGAGAUCGCCGAGGCCAUUCUCGCCGUCGGCCUCGAAUCCUUUGGACUCGACGCCGACCCGGAUCCCAACGACCCAUCCCGCAACUGGCACGGCACCGCCAAAGGCACGGACGUAAACAAGGCGCACUCGACCAUCCGCCAGUUCUAUCGCGACUGGAGCGCCGAGGCCCAGCCCGAGCGUGACGUCUGCUAUGGCCCGGUCUUGGACGAUCUACGCACCGAGUUUGAGACACAACGUACCGCCGGCGAGCAGAUCCGAGUGUUAGUACCAGGUGCCGGCCUGGGACGCCUUGUUUUUGAUAUCUGUAUGGCGGGUUACGCCGCCGAAGGCAAUGAGAUCUCCUACCACCAGCUGCUGGCCAGCAGCUGGGUCUUGAAUCAUACGGAGGGACCGCAAAAACACCCCCUAUUCCCCUUUGCACUACAUUUUUCGAAUCUCCAAUCCCGCGCGCAACAGUUACAGCGCAUCGCCAUCCCGGACAUCCACCCGGGCACCGCCAUGGCCCAAGCCACAGCGGCUACCACGACUGGCCCCGAUCAGCAGCAGCCACUGGGGGCCAUGAGCAUGUCGGCAGCCGAUUUCGUAGUGCUGUACACACAACCGACGAACCAGGCGGCAUUCCACGCGGUCGCGACCGUGUUUUUCAUCGACACGGCGCCCAAUCUAAUCCGCUACAUCGAAGCGAUCCGGCAUUGUCUACGGCCGGGCGGGCUUUGGAUCAAUGUCGGCCCGUUACUGUGGCAUUUCGAGGAUGGGCAUGACCAGCACCCCCGCAAAGCCGACGCACAGGCGGCAGAGGAUGGCCCGGGCAUCGGCGAGCCUGGGACUGUGGAGUUGACGGCGGAGGAAGUGCUGAGCCUUGUCGAGCGCAUGGGCUUCCGGGUUGAGCAGCGGGCUGUGGAGCGGCCGCUGUGCGGCUACAUCCAGGACCGGGCGAGCAUGCUUCAGAACCUGUAUCGGCCGGAGCAUUGGGUGGCGCGGAAAUUGUAG